GCGGGAUGACCUAUGGCCUCCGGCCACUUGCUCGUCCAGCUGCAUUUCCAUCCGCGAUGGGCACGUGUGCCUGCCCAGAGCGCCUUAUAAGCCGUUUAAAAGCGCGCUGUGCUAUUUGACGCGCCGGCUCCGAGAGAUUUCCACCCUUUUACGAACAGCCGACUCUUACAGGAAUAGACGACCAGGAGUAUGCGACUACUAACGACGAUCACGACCUUUGCUUGGGGGAUAGCCCUCACCGGUGCGCAGAUCACCGGUAACGUUGUUACUCUAGACUAUGGCACCUUCACCGGCCUCCCCAGUAAUGACAGCAGCAUCACCUACUUCCGAGGGAUACGCUAUGCGGAGCCGCCCACCGGCGAUCUGCGCUUCCGCGCGCCAGUGUCGCCUCCACAGAUGAAUUUGGGGCAAGUGAAUGCGACCGAGUAUCCCCCUUCUUGCCUUCAAGCCUCGAGCAAUACAACGGAGGGCGCCUCUGAAGACUGCCUUUUCUUGAACGUCAAUGUUCCUGCGAACAAUAACGCGGACAGUAAGCUUCCAGUGCUGGUCUGGAUUCAUGGUGGCGGCUUCCAAACCGGAAACGCUGACCAGCCACCGGAUUACCUCCUACAUAGCUCGCCCGAGCCUCUCAUCUUCGUCACCUUGCAAUACCGGCUGGGGCUUUUUGGGUAUUUGGCCGGCCAAUCCGUCGCUGAUUCCGGGGAUUUGAACGCUGGCCUGCUCGACCAGCGCGCUGCGCUCAAGUGGGUGAAGAGGUAUAUCAGUGCGCUUGGUGGGGAUCCGAACCAGGUGACAAUCUUCGGCGAGUCGGCGGGAGGUGCGGGGAUAUAUUACCAGCUCAUUGCAAAGGACGGCGACAACGAGGACCUCUAUAACCGUGCCAUCGCAGACAGCCCAUCGCUCGGGCCAUUGUUCGAGUGCACGAGCGAUUACGAGGAGAACUUGUUGAAGGAGGUGGCGACGGAAGCGGGUUGCGAUACCUCCACCGACAUCCUCUCCUGCCUGCGCGCAGCUGACGUUGGUACCCUGGCCGCCGCGAGCCCGCGAGUCCUCGCGCUGCACCCCGCGACCGAGUACGCGUUUGGGCCGUGUCUGGAUGGGAAGUUCUUGACGAAUCAUAUCGUGGAUGCUUUCGAGGAGGGCAAGGUGGCGGAUGUGCCGCUGUUGGUUGGGUCCAACACCCACGAAGGCGCCGGCUGGUCCGCCGGCCUUCCCGCGCCCUGGGCAAACACCUCGAUGCCGAACGCAACGGAGGAAACCGUAUACGAGUUUCUACGGGGUCAAUACCCCGGGUUGACGAAGACGUCGUUCGCAAAAGCCUUGGGUUGGUACCCGCUGUCCGACUAUAAUGGGUCUUUUGGAACGCAGGGGGAGCAGAUGUACGGCGAGGCCCGGUACAUCUGUCCUGCCGUGCUGGCUGGGGAGUUUGGAAGGGAGGUGUAUCAAUAUCGGUAUGACAACCCCAUCGUCGGCUCCACGCACGCUGCCGAGCUCGUCGCGUUCCAUGGAUCUGGUAGCGUUGCAGACCCAAGCGAUCCGAGCCUAUCGAGCUUCCCGCUCUGGGAGGCGAUGCGGCAGUACUGGACGUCAUUUGCUACGAAGGGAAAGCCUGAAGCGGAGGGCGUGGCAGCGUGGGUGUCCAACAAGCAUCGCUUCGCCCGUGACACGCGGCUGCUACUCAACACAGAGAUUAUCAAGACAGAGAAGAUCUCGUGGGGUCUGAGGAAGAGGUGCGAGUUCUGGCGCAACAUCAGGCAGGAGUUGUCAACCUAGGCGCCCGCGCCGGCGAUGGCGGACAUGAGAAAGAUGACAGAUGGCGGGCGGACGAAAUAAUGACGAAACAAGGUCACGAUGGUAUGAAUACUGAAAAAGGAAACGAUCGAGAGAAUGGAAGGAUGUGUACAAAUCGCCAACGAACGAGGAGACGAAGGACAUGCAAUUGUACUUACGAAGCUACGAAUGUUGUAUCAUAGAGGCUCGAGGUCCUGAUAACUGAUAUUCUCCUUCCUCGCGGGGCGAUUGAUAGUUGUAUUAUGAACGUCAGCCUGUCCAUUGAAACUCUUCCCUUUUGUGGCA